UUGACUCCGACAUCAUUCGAUAGCUCCUUGUCUUUCCCUUUUCAGUAGUUGAAAGUUGCAGCCAAAGUGAGCCCAUCCAUACCUCUGUUGCAGGUAUAGGACCACCACAUCCAACCUUCCAGGAUGCUGUCAAAUAACUGUCAUUUGAGGAGAGCAUUCUUGAACUUGGCAAGUGUUUGGAUGACAUCAUCACCAUGAACCCCCAGCGGAGUCCAGACAUGAACUGAUAUGCGGAAGCCCGUCGUACAGUCAAUGUUUUGGUCGUUUGCCCUGCUCAGAAACGUAGCCAAGCAGGUGCUCAAAGUUACUGAGAAUCAUUACCGGAUAUCAGAGAGAGAGAAUGUUCGUCGACGUCAAAUGAUCUACCAGGUGUUAGAGCAUAAUGUUAAUUAGUUCAUAGGUGUGUCUUUUAAAGAUAAAAAAAUGACUUUGCACUUCAAUGCUGAAUGUUUUGAUUUAACUUUGGCCGCUGCCGUCCUGAUUCAAUCCAGGAAAUGAUUUGUCAUACUAUGAGUUUCAAUGACAACGGGACCGUCCAGACAGAUUGGUUACAUGAUAGCGAUUGUAGAUGAUCAAAGAAUACGUAAUCGUCAGUAAAAUCCUUAUAAUUAACUUGUGAUGCGAAAAUUAUGCACUCGCGAUUGAGCAACAACAUCAACCAGACAAUAUAGCGAGGAUGUAGGUUACAUAGUUAUAUCGUCACAUCGGCUCCUUUUUAAUUAACGUUACCAAAGUUGAUCAUUUCUUUAGCACCAUUUGAUCUUCAUGUGGUGGUCAUAGAAAACAACAUGGCUGGAACAGAACGGAAAUUCGGUCACGGAAUUGGGGGGUUAAAAAUUAUCUCAUCAGCCAGUACGUCUCGAAUAUUUCGAUCUUUCCUCGUGUUAAUGAGCAUACUUCUUGUAUUGUUAUUUGUUUACUUAAACACGAGUGCCUCUCGUCUUUCAGGAGCGAUAAGUGACAACAAAUCAAUGAGAAUACAUAGUUAUCAAAGAAAAGUGUUUUCCAAUGACCAUUCCAGACUAGGGGCGUUUGAUCAAGGAAACAGACGGAUGAGACAGGGGGAGAAAACGGGCCAUGUAGCAUCCGAGCACAGAACUAUCAACCUACCAGGAAUAGAACACAGACCGUUAGAACCUAAGAUGGAAAAUAUCCACCUGGGGUACACCUUUGAUGAAAAUGGGAGACUAAGAGAGGCCAUUACAUUUGAUGAAUAUGUGGACGUAACGAGCCCAACGGAAGGAUUCGUCGCUAAGAGUGACCAAUCUGAAGACCUUUCUGCGGGUAGCGUGAAAGGGAAAUCUGAACAACCUAUUUUCAUUGUUAUUCUUGCGAGGAUGAGAACAGGAUCGACCUUGAUAGGAGAAAUAUUUAACCAGAAUCCAUCUCUGUUUUUUAUCUUCGAACCUCUGAUAUCUAUUGAUCACUUACUGCGAUCGGGCGAUGUCAAUGUCAGCCAACACAAGGACAUAUCAACUCAACUCCUGCUUAAUUACACCCGGUGUGAAUUUCAGGGGAACCUCACACAAUCAUGGCUGAAGUGGAACGGUGGAUCAGUCCGGAGCAACAAGAUCGUACCCCUCUGCCAAAGGCCACCGAGACCCCUUAGUAGCUACCGCAAUUGCACUCUCAUCACCGUGGAUGACAUGCGCAACAUCUGCAGCCAGAAUCGCCGACGCUUCUGUAUAAAGACGAUCCGUGCCGACCUCGACUACUUCAAACCAAUGAUUGAUGCAGGGGUAAAUGUAAAGAUCAUCCACCUAGUUAGGGAUCCAAGAGGUACUGCUAAUUCGAGGAGACUUUAUUACAAUUUCAGCAAGCCGCAUCUACCAAAAACAACUACAACUGGCCAUCCAAGAUUUAAAGGUAAACUCGAUGCCCUAGGACUAUUGGGCGACUACCCAGACCACGUGGUGCAUACCAUUCCCCGCCUUUGUCAGUGGACCAGAGAUUCCAUCCGCCAAGUCCAAAACGAGAGGCCGUCAUGGCUUCGCAACCGAUAUAAAUUAGUCCGCUACGAGGACUUUGCUCUUGACCCGCUUGGUGCCGCACGCCGGAUCUAUGACUUCGUUGGUCUCGAGUUUCCACCCGCUGUCAUCGAAUGGAUCUUGACCAAUACACGAUCUAAUGAUCAACGGAGUGUCAAGCUCUUCAGCACGCACAAGAAUUCCAUCGAGACGGCGUACCGUUGGAGACAGUCUCUUCGUCCGUUGCAGGUUCGGCAGGUCGAACAGAUAUGCCAUACAACCAUGAAGCUCUUAGGGUACAAGGAGGCAAAAAGCGUAUGGGAUAUUGCCAAUAUGGAUGUUAAUUUGUUGGAUCCCUUGCCGAUUCCAGACACAUUUUGAGAACCAUCAAGCAGCAGAGACUUAUCUAUGGCAGUCGUUUGGUUCAUAAUAUUAUGGCAAUUGACGUCAAUAAGAAGUACAUCAACGCAGUCAAUCUGCACACCUGCUAACGACUAUACGCCGUCAAAGGGUUACCCUGUAUAAAGAAGACCAAAUAAAUGAAUAAACGCCGUUCACGUUUUUGAUGGGUGAAGAAAUCAUUGCAUUGAACAUUGAGUGUACUAGAUUAUAAAGGAGACAGGAAAGUCGAUGUGAAAUCGUUAUCGAAUUAAGCGCCAAAACGAUAAAGUGUUCCUUGAUCAGUGCAGAAAUUAUGACCAGGGAUUACGACAUAACGUAUGAGCUCAUUAAGCCCAAGUUUUGCACUCCACUGGAAAUCUGACUGAUUGCUGAAUUUGAGUGCAUGAUAAAUGAAACCUUUUACGGCAUAAUUAUGGUCGGCAGACCAUUCUGAAGAACGUAUUCCAAUGGAAAUCGUGAUAAUAUAUUAAUCUGAUACAUCUGACAGCAAUAGUAGAAAUAUAGUAUAGUAAAGGACGAUGCCAGUUCGUUUUGAUAUGUCGAGGGGCAUGGUGACAACAAAAUAAUGUUGACGUCGAUUUGCUUUAAAAAUAUAUGUGGAGAGUUAAAGUUACAAAAAAAAACCUUUCCAGUACUCUUUCUUCUUCUUUUGAUCCUCGAUUUCCUUUUCUUUUACUUUCACCAUUGCUUUCAUCACUCGAAAAAUCAUAUUGGGUAAUUGCACCAUGCAUCCCCUUGUAGCACUGUCCCUAAUGAUAAGUUAAAAAACAAUGAUCUGAGGGUGUCGAUUCUUUUGAUCGCUCAUCAAGCCGAAUCGAAUGCGUGAUAAUUUUUUUUGUGGCGUGUCAUGCUGUUCCAUGUAUUUUGAGCUUUGUGGGUUGGUAUAACCGUAGUUUCAUACGCCGUGCAAGUAAGUUCUGUAAAGGAUCAAUAGAAAGAGGCUAGAGGUAGAAGUUUUAGCAAUUGUUCAUACCACCAUGCAAACCUAACAGCAUCUCGGUCUGUAUUUGCCUUUCUAAACCGAGUCAGUUGAGCGGAAUCAUUAGCAAAAAUGCGGAUGCAAAUUUUCUUUCUUUCAAAGAUGUACCAAACCAUAUUGCUAUUUUGAGAAAUGUCAUUUCGCCAAGUGAGAGAUGAAAAUUAGGGGACAGAAUACCUGAAAAUCAUUAUAUUUUGCGUAUAUUCUUUUCUCAAGCAUGGUUAUCAUAUUACGAUAAUUCAAUUCUUUUCAUUUUUCUAUAUCAUGAGCAACAAGGAUUCAAGUCAGGCCUUUAUUUCAGAUUAUAUGAAUGCAUCAUUGUUGCUUAUCUAUCACAUACGUCAUGUAAUUGUACCUAUAAUAUUCGGAUCUUACAACCAAGAACAAGGUAAAGGUUUUAAAUAGUUUUAUCACACUGUAACCAAACAGGGUUUUGGAAAGGUCCCUUGUUGUAGAAAAUUUAAUGUGCGUUUACUUAAGUUACAAGGCGUUUCUUUACAUUUAGAGUAUUAGCUUAACUCGAGUGUUACUUGUUACUCGAUUUUAGAAAGGCAUCCGGCUCUGUGUCAAAUGUCGCCAAGGUGAUCCUUUGUCAUGACAUUGUCUUCAUUAAUCGCAUCGAAUUCAUCAAAUUAUUUAUCUGGAUGAAUUAUCAAUGAAAAACAUUCAAGCUUUCAUUAU